AUGUCAGCAACCAAGAAAAGCCAUGUUGCCGCUUUAACCUUUCCAUUUGCAUCCCAUCCUUCGGUUCUCCUCCAUCUGGUGCAAAGGUUAGCCGCAGCUGCACCCAGUGUCACAUUUUCCUUCUUCAAUACCACAGUAUCCAAUCAGAAGCUUUUCUCCAGAAUAAAGCUGCAUGGCUGGGACAACGUAAAAGCAUAUGACAUAUACGAUGGUGCCCCAGAAGGCUAUAUUUUUUCUGGUAAUCCAUUGGAACCGAUUAAUAAUUUCAUUAAUGCCACACCCGGCAUUUUCAAGAAGCGCAUAGCAGAGGUCGUGGAUGAGACUGGAUUGAAGAUAACUUGUCUGUUGACUGAUGCAUUUUUGGGGUUUUCUGUUGACAUUGCCGAGGAAUUGGGAGUCCCUUGGGUGCCAUUUUGGACUGCAGGCCCUCACUCGCUCUCAGCUCAUUUGUCUACCGAUGCCAUCCUUAGAACUCUAGCUUCAGCCGGUAAGGCACAGACAGUAGACAGGACUCUCGAAUUUCUUCCAGGAUUAUCAGCAAUACGUGCCAGUGAUUUACCUAUUGAGCUCCUAAAUGGAAAUUAUGACCAACCGUUCCCAAAAAUGCUGUACAAUAUGAUACUAGCACUUCCACUAGCAAAAGCAAUUGUUCAAAAUUGCUUUGAUGCACUGGACCCUAUCGUGACGAAUGACCUCAGGUCUAAGCUUGAUAAAGUUCUCAACAUUGGCCCUCUAGCCUUUCCAUCACCAAAAUCAUCAUCAGAGUUUGAGGAUGAAUUUGGCUGCUCAGCAUGGUUGAACAAACAUGCAAAGGCAUCAGUUGCAUACAUUAGCUUCGGUACCAUGCUGACUCCACCUCCCCCGGAACUGGUAGCAUUAACGGAGGCAAUUCAAGAGAAGCAAGUUCCAUAUAUUUGGUCAUUCCGGGAUGAUCCCAAACUUCCACCAUUGAAGGAGUUUUUCGAGAGAACAAGCGAUAUUGGGAAAGUUGUUCCAUGGACACCUCAAUUGGAAGUUCUUGCACAUUCUUCAGUUGGUGUAUUUGUAACUCACUGUGGUUGGAGCUCGCUGAUGGAGAGUAUAGCAUGUGGGGUGCCUAUGAUUUGUAGGCCAUUUUUUGGAGACCAGAAAUUGAAUAGGAGAGUGAUUGAGGAUGUAUGGCAGAUUGGUGUGGGAAUAAAGGGUGGUGUCUUCACAAAAGACGGGAUGUUGAAUGCCUUAGAUUUAGUUUUGUCCAAGGAAACUGGGAACAGAAUGGGGGCUAAUAUUGCUGAACUCAAACAAAGUGCUGAGAAGGCUGUUGAGGAAAAUGGGAGCUCAAGCGAAGAUUUCAAGAACUUGGUAGAAAUUGUGACGAGUCAGCAGGAUGUUUUAUAA